AUGCAAGUUCAAAUACUUGUUCCACGGCAGGACAAAAGGUUGACGCUUAAUGUUGAAGAAGACGAAGCAGUAUCAAGCCUUCGAAAGCGAAUAGCUAAUUUGAUCGAGUUGAAUAAGAAGGACUUUUUACUCAUUUCACUUGGAAAAAUUUUAAAUGAUACCUGUGCAGACAGUCAACCUGCUCUAAUUACAUCAACCUAUCGUAUACGUGAUAAAACUGCCGUGAUUGUCCAUAUCAACAAGACGUUUGGACGCGUCUCGCCAUCAGUCAAAAGAUCUCUUCCAAGCCAAGAAGAAAAAGAAAAUAAACCGCGUAAGCAGGAUGUCAUACUUGACCUAAAUAUUGUCACUGCACCAUACGAGAACUUUUACUGUACACAUUGUCAUAACAAAGGCACCAAGUGUCCCGAAUGUGGCUGUCGUCAAUGUUUACGAAAAACGGGGGAUCCACUCAUUUGUGACCAAUGUGAUAGUUACUGGCAUGCGCAGUGUGCAGGCUUAUCAAAGAUACCAACUGCUGAAUAUUGGUAUUGUCCAGAUUGCAUCAAUACUGAUGUGGAUUUAAUUAUUGAUAAAGAAAAGAAGGUGGCCAAUGUUAUGUCUUCAUUGGAUAACUUGAUACGCAUCAAAGAAAACGAAUGUAACAUUGCGCCUCAUAAUCAUGUCGGCAAAAUUCCUGGUGUUUACUGUGGACAGACUUGGAGCAGCUCGAAUCUUCUUACCAGUUGGGGUGUUCACAGAUGUAUGUCAUUUUCUACUCGUAUCGUCGGUAGUUAUAUAACAGGAGCUACAUCGAUCAUGCUCUACCGUAACUUGAGUGGAUUGGAGACAUUUGUGGAUAAAGGCUAUGAAUUUAUUAUCGCUGGACGUAAUAUCACUGCCAAAAAUGACCCGGAUAUGCUCAAAAAGGUGCUCGUACGUCAGGACAGGGCUUUGGCACUUACUUGUGAUGCACCACUGAAUGAAAUGACAGGCGGUGCGGCAUAUAAUUGGAGAAACAGUCGACCCAUACGUGUUGUUCGUGCAAGAAAUGCAGUUCGUCCACCUAAUGACUUUGAGCCCGAGCAAGGUUUUCGUUAUGAUGGUAUUUACAAAGUAGUUAAAUACUGGCCCACAAUUUUACCUAACCCUGAUCGUGUCGUGUGGAAAUUUAUGCUACGAAGAGACGAUGACGAGCUAGCUCCUUGGCUAUCAAAGGCUGAAGAAGAACGUAAGAAGAAAGGAUUGAGAAUGAUACAUGAAGAUGAAAAAAAGAAUAAAAAACUCGUCAAAUACAAGAUACCCGCACGCAUCCAGAAAAUGAUGGCAGAGGAUAAAAAGAACCAGAGACUUUGGGAAGGCGUGAAGAAGCUCGAAUUCUACUCCGAAUACGAAUUUUUGAAUCACUUGUUUGAAAAUGUGGUGACUUGCUGCAGUGGUGCAUGUCCCAAGCCUAUAAAGAAUCCUGCGGUGACUCCAUGCAGUCAUGUCUGUUGCAUAAGGUGCUUAAAGCACACAAAAACAGAAGCUUGCUUUGUUUGUCGUGCGCCUAUUCUCAGAAAGGAUAUAAAGAUUGACGAAGAUCUGGUCAAAAUACUGAUGGCACUUAAUCCCGCAUAUCAAGCUCAGACGGAUAAAAUACCCUGCCCUGCAUUAGGAUAUAGAAAAGCCAAAAGAAAGCAUACUAUUACUACAAAAACUAAGAAACCGAGAAAGAGAUUGAGAGUUGUUAUUGAAAGUUCUUAA